GGGCGCCCGCAGACCGGACGGAGCAAAGCGGGCGAAGGGAAGAGCGAGCGAAGGUAGAUUGCCGAGCGCAGCUGUGUGGGCGCCAUCGAUUCCAGACAUUCCGGGGCGACGGAGCCGGCAUGGAGCCGAACAGUCCCCGUAAGAUCCAGUUUACGGUCCCGUUGCUAGAGCCUCAUCUGGACCCGGAGGCAGCAGAGCAGAUCCGAAGGCGUCGCCCAACUCCUGCCACCUUGGUCUUGAGCAGUGACCAAUCAUCACCUGAAAUUGAUGAAGACCGGAUCCCCAACCCUCUUCUGAAGCCAGGAUUGUCAAUGUCCCCAAGGCAGAGGAAGAAGGUCUCUCGUACUACUCCCACCAUGAAAGAGCUCCAGCUGAUGGUCGAACACCAUCUUUGCAAGCAGCAGGGAGAUGAAGAAGAAGUCAGCACUGAGACACAGGAGUCACACAGUCCAAGCUGCUGCCCUCAUGCCAACACAGAACCCAGCCACAGUCCCGAGAGUUGCCCUUUGGCCCAAGCCCACACUCAGCUGGAGUCCCAGGAAGAACCACACUCUGGCCUUGAAGAACAGGGAAGAGUCACAGAAGCUUGCGGUGCAGAGAGCUCUGGCAAAACGAGGUCAUACUUAUGCUCAGAAAAGCAGGGGAUUCAUAUAUCACCGGAGAACUCCAUGGAGGAGGACAGGCUGCCCAAGGAGUAAGUGAUACUCUGCUGGAGGCGCAGAGGCUACAGCUGCACACAGGGCUCGUGCAUACCUGAGGAAUAUCACACAGCUCUUUCUUCCUUCCUUUUUAAAUGAUUGUGGGUUUUUUUUUAAAGAUUUCAAUGACUUGUUCAUAUACUUGUAAUGGUUUCCUCUUUUUUUAAGUGAAAAAAACCAGUUUUUCACUGUUUGGGGUUUUGUGGUCAGACAGUAGUAGGGAUUUGGCCUAGAGCAUUGGGAAGAUUUUGAUCAGAGAUGGAGAAGCCUCUGCGCUAGACCCUGAACAUGGGCCUAGAUCUCCCAAGCAGCGCAUGUGAGGCUGAUAAAGGCCUCAAGCAACACUCUACCUGGCUGGAUUGUGACCUCUAUCACUCCCAGAUGCACUGGUUGGAGGUAAUGAGAAUGGUAAUCCAGCAUAUGUGAAGGUAGACAAGCUGGGAAGGUUGAGCUUAAGCCUAGAGCUAGGCCAUUUUAGACUCCAAGGGUGAGGCCCCCCGACUGAAUUUCCUUCUGGGUAUUCCCCUGCCCCCAGCCCACUCUGUGUGUGAAAAAAGAAACAGGAAUUCUACCUCCUGAUGUGCCACUCUUUGUGUUGUUCUGUAGACAAUCAUUAGAAGUUUUUCCUUGCCAACAUGGUGUAGUAUGGCUCAAACACUGAUUUACCUUUUCUUUCCUCUGCUAAUGGAGAGAUCUAGGACAUUUUUCUGUAAGAUUUUACUCCCUUGGGCAGUCUUUCUGUCCAAAACUAAUGCCCUUCAAAGCUGCUGAGAUUUGAUCUCCCCAGAUUUGCAGCCCACGUGUCCAGGAAUCUGGUCAGAGGAAGGUUUCCCUAGGCCUUGUUUUCUACACUGUAUGAUAUUUUGAUAGCUGUCUACUGUUUUCUGAACCUUGUAUUGCUUUCUGCUCUAGCAUAGCUUUAUGUAUGCUGGGGCCUCCUAUAGUUCCCUCCUAGCAUGCAUCACAAGGCAGCAAGCAUGGGUACAGCAGGUUUAGUGUGAUAACAGGAUAGACUUGCAUGCUGGUAUGCACUAGGCCUGUGUGAAGUUGUGCUUCACACCACAAAAACACUUUUCAUCUAGUCGGGCGAAGAGACAAUGUGAUUCUUGUCAUGGCACCAUGCCUCACCUCAAAGCCUCAUCUGGCCACUCCAAUAGCUGGAAGAGGACUAGAAGAGUCUGGGAGCUUCUGCAUUUGUGCAGCAUGUGGGCAGAAUACACUUCUAACUCCUGGAGCUGUUAGGCAAAGCAGUGUGAAGCAAAGGAAUUGGAGGUGGGACACGUUGCUUCAUGAUGCAUGGCGUAAACCUUCAUGGAAGUGAGCCAAGCCCACCUUCGAAGCGCUGCACAGCCCCAGUAGACACACAGGUGGGCCAUACAGUUACCAACAUGGACCUGAACAAGAGAAUUUUCUCUGCUGAUUUUGUGGGGCAGGGCCCCUUCAGCUGUCUUCACACCCACUUCUUGGUUCCAGUUCCACUCUGCUGAAUCCUUCCUCCUUACUAGUUAAGGAAAACUGGGCAGCUCUGCUCCUUUCUGACACCCCUUGAUUCCCCUUCUAGUGGAGAUACACCAAAUGUUGGGAAAAGUACCACCCAGCAGUGCCUUCCAAGAACAAACCAGCACUUUUGCUGUCACACCUACAGGCCUCUGCUGCACCUAUGUGCAAAACCUCCAUGAGUUGCCAUGCAAGAACAACAGGGACAUGAGUGGGAUUCAAGUUUUUUUUUUUAAAUGGUAAUGAGUGCUUGCAAUAGCUGCCCAUUUUCCCCUUCUUGUCGUAGACGUACUACGUGUUUUAACUUUUAGAAGUGAAAAACCUGCAGCUCUUCAACUGAUGUUGAACUAGUUUGCAGCCUAUCUUCCCCUUCAAUUGUGCUGGCCAGGGCUGCUAGAAAUUGCAGUUUGACAGCAUCUGAAGGACUACAAAAUCCAUUCAAUAGGAAAUACAUUCAAGGCUUCCAUGUCUUAAUAAGGGAACUAGUUGAACAUAGCCUAGAUAAGGAAUAGACUACCUAUAGUUGGUCAGUGACUUUUGGGGAGGGGGCUUAUUCUACAUUAUUGUUUGCAAAAUAAUCCCACCCCAAAUGAUGAGGUGGCUGCAAUCAGGAAACGUGUGAAAGUUCAGAGCAGUCUGCCUGUUUGGGAGCAUCGUUAGUCCUACAUGCUGUAUCCCUGAAUUGGUUUUACAUAUCCGGACUACAAUUCUGGACUCUGCAUCCUCAUUCCCCCACCUGUGAAUCCCGCUUCUUUAUUAAAUGGGUCAUCUUUGCUUGC